UUCAACAUUUUGAUAGCAUACGCGUGUUUAUACGCUGUAUAACCUGCGCCGGCGCACGCUGGGGCAGUUUAUGUCACAUUGGUCAAUACAUGAUGGGGUCUGAAACGCCUGAAAUUAUAACCCUGCAAAUCGGACACUAUGCGAACUUUGUUGGCACACAUUGGUGGAACAUUCAAGAGUCGUCGUUUGUCUAUGAUCCGUCAGCGCAAGUUGAACUGGACCAUGCCGUUCUUUUUCGAGAGGGAGAAACAUCUAAGCGGGAGGUGACCUUCACUCCGCGCCUGCUGGCGGUGGACCUGCGCGGCAGCCUGGGUCACCUGCGGCGGCGCGGCCAGCUCUACAGCGAGCCGGCGCCGGCCGAGCCGGACCGGCUUUGGCAAGGCCACACCGUACGACACAAGCAGGAGACGCGCGCGCCCACCAGCCUCCGGCGCCGGCUGGACCGCCUCGACGGCGCCACGGACGACGACGACAAGGACGUCUGUCAAGGUAAACGAGAGGAGGAUGAAUCGGAUGGCACUCAGGAAGAAGAUGACACCACGCCGGCCGCUGCUGUUCUGGACGGCGAGGUUCGGGUGUGGUCCGACUUUCUCGGCACCCAUCUGAACCCGUGGACAGUUCACAUACUGUCUGAGCACAUUCAUGAGAACACCAAUGAUCCGUUCGACGUGUUCGGUUUCGGGGAAUCACAGUACCUGCGGGAGGACUUCCGCGAUGACUUCGAGGAUCGCCUGAGGGCGUACGCCGAGGAAUGUGACCAUUUGGUGGGCUUCCACGUGCUGGCGGACGAGUGUGACGGAUUCGGCGGUGUGUCGGCCGGCGCGCUGGCGCACCUCUCGGACGAGUACCCGGGCCGGUCGGCGCUGGUGGCGCCGCUGCAGCCGCCGCCAGCCGGCGCCCUCUCGCUGCCGCAGGCCGUCCACCAGGCCGUCAACACUGUGUUGACGCUCGACGCGGCCGCACGCCACGCCUCGCUGUGCACGCCACUCUCCGUGCAGGCGGAAUGGACGGCGCCGCUCGUGGCGCCAUCUUAUAGGCGCAUGGAGAAUUUUGAGUACAAGCCGGAGCUUCCGUACCACAGCGGUGCUGUGUUGGCCGCUGCGCUAGACACUAUCACGUUGCCAUGGCGACGAAAGCGAGACCCAGUCCCGCUCUAUGAGGUGACAUCAAGCCUUUCGUACGGUGGCCGGACGGUGGCUGGUGUGGCGUCAAGUCUGCCGCUGGGAAUCGGUCAAAAUGAUUACCUCUCCACCUGGCUGGAAGGCGGAAACCUGAAGUUAUGUAGUGUCACACCAGGUGUCGGUGCCGUCCCGGACGAGUCAGAAAUCUGGAGUAGUUGCACGGUCCUGCGCGGUGUACCAGAUAAACAACUGAGGCCGGCCGGCGUUGGCAGUGACCCGUGGCUGGAGGUGACCGGUCGGCGGGCAGCGGUGCGACUGCGCGAGCCGCUGCGCACGGCGUCGCCCUUCCCAGCGCUGUUCGGACCGACAGUGGGCCGAGACGGCCUGCUCCAGCCCCGCUGCACCAAAAAAGACGGCGUGCGAGCUGCGCCGACGGCCGCCGCGCUCCAGUCCAGCCGCGCGGUGGGCGACUCACUGGCGGCGCUGCACGCCGUCACGGCCCGCUUCAACAUCGCCAAGUUCCACCGGUUCUCGGCCGGCGGUCUGGAGACCGACGACUGGGCCGAGGUGCUGGAGCGGACCAGUGACCUAGUGCGGUGCUACCGGCCCCGAGAGGAGGUGUGAUCUGGUGCAGUGCUACCGGCCCCGAGAGGAGGCAUGACCUGGUGCGGUGCUACCGGCCCCGAGAGGAGGUGUGAUCUGGUGCAGUGCUACCAGCUUCGAGAGGAGGCGUGGCCUGGUGCAAUGCUACCGGCUUCGAGAGGAGGUGUGACCUGGUGCAGUGCUACCGUACCCGACAGGAGGUGUGACCUGGUGCGUUUGAUCUGGCGCAGUGCCACUGGCCCGAGAGGAGGCAUGACCUGGUGCGGUGCUACCGGCCCCGAGAGGUGUGACCUGGUGCAGCGCUACCGACUCCGAGGGGAGGUGUAACGUGAUGCAGUCUUCUCCCGUCUCCCAAUACUCCCACUCCCCCCGUGGAGAUGGAAGAAUCUUCCAGUCUCCCUGUCUAGAUUCUUCCCACACCUCUUCAGAGGAGAUGUGCCUUGGUGAGGCGCCACGCGAUUCGGGUAUGCUGGUCAUGACCUGAGCGCUGCUGUUUUGCUAAUUGGUUCUUGUGAUUACUGGGUGUAUUAACCUGCAGUCAGCGAUGGCAAGGAACUGUUUCAUCUCUGGUGUCACAUACAAUUUUGUGAACUGUUAAUGCUGGCCUGUAUUGUGAUGAUUAUGCGCUAUAACCGCUUGUCUAGUUUAUGUACAUAGGAUAUGAUGCCAUGAUGUGGAUGCACGCGUCUGAACUCGCCAUGCUUGCCGCUUUACGUGAUCAAAAAAUUGAAUUUAGGAAAAUGGAAGCGAUUCACGUCGAUAACUCUUCAUUAUGAUACGGCCCUGGAGAGGACAUCAGCAAAUACGCUCUAGAUAGCUGAGAAUGGACCGGACAAGGGUAAGAGCUGUCCUACAUGCGAUGGUUUUCACACACAGGAUUUACAGACAGCGGUCGAUACUUAUAUGUCUAAGGUUACAUGGUUACGCGCCUGGGCAUCUGCAAACUUUAAACACUGUAGUGCUGGCUAACAAUCAGUCCACACCAUUACUAAGCUUUAAUCGGAGAUAUGCUUAUUGAUAAUAUCUAAAUACACGCGGCACUGACACCUUGCACAGGUCUUGUGGCACACACAUCCGCCGUGGUUCACGGGGCCCGGGACGGCGCCCCAGUCUGGCGGCCAGGCCCGGCCAGC